GUCGUGGGCGGGGCGGGGCGGGGCGGCCGAGAGCCCUCCCAUGUUGGGCCGGGGAAAGCAUCCUCCUUUCCCACCUUGAACUCCUCAGUUCCUUCCUCCUCCCUCAUCCUUCCCCCUGCUGAGUCAGUCCUUGGAGGGGGCAUUCCUGUCCACACAGAGCUUUAACUCGUAGAACUAUAAGGAUCCUCAAACAUCAUUCCUUAAGCCAAGCCCCUGAUCUUGCACUUGAGCCAGCAGAACCAGAUACGGGUUGAAUGAAUCGUCCCAAGUCUCUGGGAGCCCAAGGUCUCCCUUUCCUCUAUUCGGAUUGCAUCUUCAGGCUACCACAGGGUGCUACUUAGAGAACUCGUUGAAGCUGAGGCUUUCAGCCAGCUACCUGGGUGAAGUGGGCUUUGAUGCUUCUUUAAUGAAAUAGUGCCAUAGACUGAAAACGCAAACAUGAGGAUGGCAGGUGCUGUAAAGUUGGUGGUUGCUGUAGCAGUAUUUCUACUGACAUUUUAUGUUAUAUCUCAAGUAUUUGAAAUAAAGCUAGAUUCAAAUUUAGGAAAUUUAUUUGCAAGGUCAGCAUUGCAGAUAGCUUAUACAAAACCUCCCAGGUAUAAAUGUGGGAUUUCAAAAGCUUGUCCAGAAAAACAUUUUGCCUUCAAAAUGGCAAGUGGAGCAGCGAAUGUUGUUGGCCCCAAAAUUUGUGUGGAAGACAAUAUUUUAAUGAGUGGUGUAAAGAAUAAUGUUGGAAGAGGAAUCAAUGUUGCAUUGGUAAAUGGAAAAACAGGAGAAGCAUUACGCACUGAAUACUUUGAUAUGUGGGGAGGAGAUGUGGCACCAUUUAUUGAAUUCCUUAAGUCUAUUCCAGAUGGAACCAUAGUUUUAAUGGGAACCUAUGAUGAUGGAGCAACCAAACUCACUAAUGAGGCAAGAUUGUUGAUCGCUGCAUUGGGAAGUACAGCUAUUGUUAACCUUGAUUUUAGAGACAACUGGGUCUUCUGUGGUGGAAAAGGUAUUAAGACAAAAAGUCCCUUUGAACAGCACAUCAAGAACAAUAAGGAUACAAACAAAUAUGAAGGAUGGCCAGAAGUUGUAGAAAUGGAAGGAUGUAUCCCCCAAAAGCAAGACUGAAUAUGAAGAAUGUUAGAGAAAAUUAUCUUUAUGCUAUUGAUAGGAGUGCUGUGAAGGAGAUAGUACUAUGUACAUGCUUUGAGAGAGUAUACAUUUCAUCUUUUCAGUUAUGCAUGAGUAACAUCUCUUCCAAAAUCAGGAUUAUUUAUUGCUAACCUUGAAGAGUAAACUUUGUAAAUAGAUCCACUAUGCUAAACCUUUUCUAAGCUGUUGUCUCUCUAAAAGCACAGUAUUUAGAUUGCAUUAUGAUAAACAUCUCUAAGGUGUAGAAAUGUCUUUUUUAACCAUCCAUAGUGAACAGAUUAUGAAAAAUGUUGUUCUGUUGUUUUAUAGAUAAAAUUGCUAUAAGAAUGUGGCCGUUGUGAAAAAAAAGUUUUGUUUCUUUUGGGGGGGAACAAAAUGUUUUUUAAUAUGCUGCCCUUUUGAUGGCAGUUUUCAGUCUUUAAUAAAGAAGUAUUUGACUAGUUGUA